AUGACCUCGGACACCAAGCUGCGCCGCCGGGCCAGCAGCGCGGCCUCACGCAGCGGCCACACUCGCGGGGCCUCCAAUCAGAUGGUAAAGCCCAAGUCGAUACACACGUCGGACGACUUUGUGCAGGACUUUCUCGGGCCGUCUUUUGACCCGGCCGCCUUUCUCAACGCCAAGCUGCCGCCGCUGGCGCCCAAGUCAAGCACCUCGGCGCCUACUGGGGCGGUACCGCUGGCGGACCUCUCGCAGCAGGCCAGUGCACUGCUCUCACAGCUCAAUGCGCAGACGACGCGGCUGUCGUCGACGCUGACACAGCUCACCGACGACAUCCUGCGCAGCGGUAGCCGGCUUGCGUACGAGGUGGAGCUGCUGCGCGGCGAGACGCUCAGUCUGCAGGAGACGAUGCAUGAGACGUUGCAUGACGACAUUGCCCAUUUUCUGCCCGAGGGUAUUCGCGGGAAGAAGGAUGAGGAGGGAGAGUCACCUGCGGGUGAAGAUGAGAAGGAGAAUGGGGAGGAUGAAGAGGACAAGACCAAAGAAAACAGCGCCCAUGCCGAGUUACCUGUACCGACAACAACAGAAGCAAACAGCACCAGCAAUGAGCCAACAUACGUUCAGCAACUACGAACACUGACAUUGGUGCGAUCACGUAUAGAGACUGUGGUCAAGACAUUUGGCGAUGCCAUGGAUUUCGGCUUUCCCCCCUCAGAGCUGUCUGUGAGCUCAUCCUUCCUCUCCGUGUCCGCGCCAGAGCCCGGCUCCGAGCAGCAGAGCUCCGAAGACCGUGGCCAGCAGACCCUCAGGAAGCUGCGCGACGAAAUCAGCAGCCUGCUGCGCCCGGCGGCCACGGACAGCAGCAGUGCCGCCGACCCCGUCGCCGGCAUCGAAAAAGCGGCAAACAGGAUCGAGGAGCUGAAGGAGCUGAACAAUGUUUGGAGGGGCACCUCCGAGGAAAAGGGCCGCAGUCGGUUCAUUGAGAGCCUCGCCAAGAUGGUCGAGGACAGACACAAGGAGCUCAUGCGCGAGCUGGACCAGCAGCGCUCGCCAGCCAAGAAGGCGGCGGAAGGCGGGACGAGGCGGACAGGAUCGCCGGCGCUCGGGGACGAGGCGAGACCACAGCCGCCGCCGGGAGGAUUUGGGUUGAUUAGCCAGCUACAAAAGCUACGGAGUGGGCUGUAA